AAAGCGUAAUAGUUUAACAUGGCGGUGUCAUUCUGCGGGAGAAGAAUUGUUACGACGCGGAGAAAUUUCCUAAAAAUUCCGAAACGACAUGGAUACAUAGUUUUACUUCCAGAAAUAGGUGAGGAAUCUUCAGAGAAGAAUCCUUUACUUAAAGAUGAUAAUUUACCAGAGUUCAAUACAAUUACUAUCGAAAAAUGUAUAGCAGCUAUUGGUAGGCAGACGGUGGAGUUUGAGGAAAAGAUGAAUAAUCUGGAACAAAUUGUACAAACUAAACCAGACUUAAAUGUGUUUAAUGAUUGUCUGCAUCAAAUCGAGGAGACAUAUCUUCCUCUGGAGACCACCUGGGGCAUAGCAAAAACUUUGUAUUUUGGUAAUCAGAGUCUGAUGCCGACAAAAAGUUACAUGGGCAUUCAUGAACGAGCAAUAAGAGCUGCUUCUAAUAAAUUCAAUAGCAGGCCAAUCUUUAAAGCGUGCAAAGAAGCCUUGGAAAAUAAGGACAUUGAAUUGACACACGAACAGAAAAGGGUGCUUGCUAAAUAUGUACUAGAAGGCACUUUGAACGGUUUAGCUUUGCAAGAUAAUAAACAAUACGAGAACUAUAUGGACGAUACGAAUUUUAUCAUAUCACAUUGCAAGGAGUACAAGACGAAAUAUGAGGCUGCCACAGGUGCUUAUAACUUGGUAAUACAAAAUAGAGAGAUUGUGGAGGAUUUUCCUGAAGAUGUUCUUAGAUCCAUUGCGUCCAAUCCGUCACAACCUAUUUUAGGUCCUUGGACAAUCACUUUGAGGCCAUAUAUUUUGAAACCUUUUAUGGAAUAUUGUUCCGAUCGCGAAUUGAGGGCGGCAGUCUGGGAUGCUGACGUUGUUCGCUGCUCCAUGUAUCAGGAAAAAUCCGUUCAGACUAGUAUAAUAUUGGAAGAACUUCGAGCCAGAAGGACAGAACAGGCGCAACGUUUGGGAUACAAACACUAUGCGGAAAUGAGCAUGGAGACUAAAAUGGCUGGCAGUUUAGAGAAUCUAAAAAACACAUUGGAAAUUCUUCGGAAAACCGCUUUACCUGCUCAAAAACAAGAAAUCGCAAAUUUAACCGAAUUUGCAAAAGAGAGAGGUUUUGAAGAUGACAUUCUAAGAGUGUGGGACGUAGCGUACUGGAGUAGGAAACAACGUCGCAGUUUAUAUAAUUACGACAAUGACGAAUGGCGAUCGUAUUUUCCUCUGCCGACCGUUUUGUCGGGUCUCUUUGAGCACAUCGAGACGCUCUUCAACAUUAAAAUCGUCGAGAGCAAGAAAGCGGAUAUUUGGCAUAAAGAUGUUUGGUUCUUUGACGUAUUCGAUUUGAACCGAUCUGAUACGGUACCCGUUGCGAACUUUUAUCUAGAUCCCUACGCCAGAGGCACGGAGAAGUUCCGCAAGGAACAAGACUCGGGAUGGGUGUCCAUGAUCAAGAACAAAAGCAAAAUUUGCAACAGCAUCCCGCUGGUCGCCCUGAUUUUUAAUUUCCCGCCACCGGUGGGCGACAAACCCUCAUUACUUUCCUUCAAGGAUGUGCAAGUUUUCUUCCAAAAGUUUGGACAUACCUUGCAACAUUUGUUAACUACAGUCGAAUAUUCGGACAUCGCUGGAUUGUCGUUCGUAGAAUGGGACGCUGUGUUUAUUUGCGACUUUUUCAUGGAGAAUUGGUUGUAUGAGCCAUCUGUAUUGCAAAAAAUCUCUUCACAUUAUGAAACAAAACAGCCGUUACCUGCGGAAAUUAUUGAAAACAUUAAAAACAUGAAAUCUUAUUUCGCCGGUUAUAACUUAUGCGAAGAGCUUUAUCUGUCACAUCUGGAUUUGGAGUUGCAUUCCAGCGGUACAUUUUGGGUGCCUAUGAUGAAGCGUCUGUGGCCACAAUAUUUUGUGUUGCCUCUCGAGAAAAGGGACGUUCACGUUUGUUCCUUCGAGGCGAUAUGGAGCGGCAGUUGGGCAUCUGCGUAUUACAGUAAGAUUUGGUCGGAGAUGAUUGCUGCCGAUUUGUACAAAGCGUUCCAAGAAAUCAAACCGAACGACGAAGCGCAGCAAAAAGAGUUGGGCGCGAGAUUUCGCGACACGUUCUUGUAUCUGGGCGGUAGUUAUCCGGCCGCGGAAAUUUUCAGAAAAUUCAGAGGAAGAGAUCCAAACGCGCAGGUCUUGCUGGAAAACCUUGGAUUAAUACAAGCAAGAAAAUAAGCUAAGUGAUGCGAUUAUGUAAUUAGGAUUCGCUAUUUUUUAGCAAAACAAGAACAGAUGAGAUGACUCGCACAGCGCAGUCUUCUCAUUCUGAAUGACUCGUCGAUGUAAAAGGAGAUAAGGUAGAAUUUAUGUAAUUAUUAUUAUCUUACAGAUAAUAAUUACAUAAAUAAUAACAUGUAAUUAUAUUUAAAAUAUAUGCAGAGA